CUAGCGCAGCACGGUGGUUUCGGCUGGCUUCUGUGAUCCGACUCCGGGAGAGCAUUCCUGGCAACGUCGUGAGCGGGGAUAGAAACAAGCUGUAGACUGUUGGUCAAUGAAUGUUUCUCCUAGGAGACGGGGUUUUCUAAAGGGAUAUAAGUUCGUCGAACGUCGAUAGGCAGCAGAGCUGUGAUCGAGACACUUUCCCUGCCUCAUUGACCACCUCUGCUCACCUGUGAGUCAACACACACGCACGGACCACACCCGAUUCACUUGCACUGCUGAAGGUCUGGACGUGAUCUGCCCAGAGCCUGAGAGAAGAGAGACAGCCUACUGUGUAACUGGGCCUAUGACCAGCAGUGUCCCACCCUCCCAUUGAAAGCGAUGUGUGUGGGAGGUGGAGGCCACAGCAUCAGCAGUGUGUGUGUGGGGCUCCUCUCCCUCUCCCCUACUCCCCACUCUGGCCUGGGAUGCCAGCUCCCUGCCCCCCUGCCUGCUGUCCUGCCCUGAGCUCUCCUGGGGCGCCAUGAACACCUACAGAGAUCGAGGGGUCACCUGCACCACCUCAGACCUGCUGGAGAGAGGCGGAGGGGGAGGGCCUGGGUCCCUCCUCACACAACAUGCCGCCUUCCACCUCACCCACAACGGCCACACUGGCCCCUCCUCUGAUCCAGCCACCCAAUCCCGUGUCUCCGUUCCCAAGAUGGGCGUCCGCGCCCGUAUUGCUGAGUGGCCGCCGCGCCAUGCGCAAUCAAGGGAGUCGCUCCUGGAGAACGGGCAAGGUGGUAAUCACCAUGGAGACGACCCCUCCACGACGACCGCAUCUUUCCCCAUCUCUGAGGUCGGGCUGGUGAGGGGUGGAGUGGCUCGUUUACCAAGGCGACGCACGAAGGAUGUGGAGUUCCGUGGUGGGUACGGAGGUGAAAGAGGGUCUCCCGCAGGCCUGCGUGCCUUCCCCCCGUUACGGCAGCGCUCCAACAGCGAGGUGACUCUGAGCGAGCAGGAUGAGAACGAGGUGGAAGGUCGUGGAGGUGCUAAUCUGUUCCGGGAGUACGGCAGCACCUCCUCCAUCGACGUGCAGGGCAUCCCCGAGCAGAGCUUCUUUGACAUGCUCAGCCAGUUCCACCAGGAGAGGCCCGACCAGCGCAGCACUGCCCCUGGACGCCUGGGGGAGCUACUGUACACCCCCAACUCCCCUCCCUCGGCACCCCUCCCCACGGGCCACUCCCCCACGCCCACAUCCCGGGGGGAGGAUGGAGGGAUGGGGCGGUCAGAGAACAGGGUGAGGAAGAAGAGCGGCGGGACAGAGUCGUCUCUGGGGACGUUCUCUCUGUUCCGGAAGCUCCGCAGCUCCAGCAGAGGGGAGCUGGACAGAGGGGAUGCGUGGGAGGAUGGGGGAGGCCUUAACUCUACAGAUACCCCGUACAAACCCUGGGUGUGCCCCAAGAGCUUUGUCCACUACGACGCCCAGAGCAUCCUGUUUGACCUCAAUGAGGCGGCUGCUCAGCGCGCCUACGUAGCCAAGCGGAGGAACACUGCCACCGGCGCCUCGGCGGCCUCCGUCUCCCUGGCUGUGUCACGGUCCUCAACUCUGAGUGGGUUGGACGCUACCUACCUCAGCGUUGAGGACCUGACGCUAGGUCUCGACCCCAGCGUGCCCACACCCUCCCUGGGCAUGGACCCUCUGGACGCCCCCCCCGGAGGCCCCACCUCCAGUCCGCUCCUCCUCAGUUGCCCCCACUUCCGCAACGAGACGGGGGGCCACGGGGAGCGCAACGUCAGCUUCCUGAGCUCCUCGGCCGAGCGGGGAGGGGAGGGGGGUGCGGGUGACAUGGCGAGAGGCAGCCUUCGGCGUAGCAACGCCAGUGUGUCGGUGGUGGAGGUGCCCAUAGAGCAGCAAGUCACCAGGAUGGACAGGCUGAAACUCUAUAGCAUCGAGCACGUGGACCUGGGGGCGCGCUACUACCGAGACUACUUCCACGGGAAAGAGCACUCUAACUACUUUGGGACGGACGAGAAGCUGGGUCCGGUGGCUGUGAGUAUCCGCAGGGAGAAACUGGACGACACUAAAGACCUGAAGGACCAGUACCAGUACCGCAUCAUCGCCAGAACCAGUGAGCUGGUGACGCUGCGGGGGUCCAUCCUGGAGGAUGCGGUGACCUCCACGCGGAGGCACGGCACGGUGCGGGGUCUCCCCCUGAAGGAGGUGCUGGAGCAGGUGGUCCCGGAGCUCAGUGUGUCCUGCCUGCGCCUGGCUCUCAGCACGCCCAAGGUCACCGAGCAGCUCCUCAAACUGGACGAACAGGGGCUGAGUCAGAAGCACAAGGUGGGAGUGCUGCUGUGUCGGGCAGGGCAGAGCACCGAAGAGGAGAUGUAUAACAACGAAGAGGCCACGCCCGCCUUCUCUGCCUUCAUGGACCGGCUAGGGGAGCAGGUGUGCCUCCGAGGCUUCACCAACUACGCCGCCCAGCUGGACACUAAGACUGACUCGACGGGCACCCACUCCCUGUACACCACCUACCAGGGCUAUGAGGUCAUGUUCCACGUGUCCACCAUGCUGCCCUACAUGCCCAACAACCCCCAGCAGCUCCUGAGGAAGAGGCACAUAGGGAACGACAUCGUCACUAUAAUCUUCCAGGAGCCGGGAGCGCUGCCCUUCACCCCUCAGAACGUCCGCUCCCACUUCCAGCACGUGUUCGUCAUCGUCCGCGUGCACAACCCCUGCUCCGACGACACCUGCUACAGUGUGGCUGUGACGCGUAUGAAUGACGUACCUUCCUUCGGCCCGCCCAUCCCCAGCGGGGUGACGUUCCGCGACCCUGAAGCCUUCCGCAACUUCCUCUUGGCCAAGGUCAUCAAUGCAGAGAGCGCCGCGCACAAGUCUGAGAAGUUCCACACCAUGGCCACGCGCACGCGACAGGAGUACCUCAGAGACUUAGCCCAGAACUGUGUGAGCACUACACCACUCGACUCGGCGGGCAAGCUCAUCUCGCUGGCGUCGAAGAAGAGAGAGCGGGCGCGGGCCAGAGACGGGGCAGAGUUGGGAGCGGCCGGGGCGGUGGCGUGGAGGGUGCUGGCCCAGGACUUCAGUGGCGGCGCGACGGAGAUCUCCUGCGCUCUAGGCGUGUCGGCAGAGUACAUCCUCCUGGCAGACUGCAACACCAAGGAAGUGGUGUUCAAUUGCUUCUGCGCCGACGUGAUCGGCUGGACGCCGGAGAGGCUGGCGCUGAAGAUCUUCUACGGGAGAGGAGACCACAUCGCCGUCAGAGUCCCAGAGGGGUUUGCUCAGGACAUCAGGGAAGUGGUGCAGAGGUUAAAGGCGCUGACGGUGGGCUGUGAGACGGUGGAUAUGACUCUGAGGAGGAACGGCCUGGGACAGCUGGGGUUCCACGUCAGUCUGGACGGCACCGUGGCUGAGGUGGAGGAGUACGGCUUCGCCUGGCAGGCAGGGCUGAGGCAGGGCAGCCGGCUGGUGGAGAUCUGCAAGGUUGCCGCGGUAACCCUGACACACGAGCAGAUGAUAGACCUACUGAGGACGUCGGUCACCGUUAAAGUGGUGAUCAUACCGCCCUACGAGGAGGGAGGGCCCCGCAGGGGCUGUACAGAGGAGUAUGAGAUGAAGACCAUGGAGCAGAAGCCAGAGUCUGAGCCUGUGGCAGCAGGGUACCGGCCCUCCCCUCGCACCCCCGUCUUGCGCUGGGACAGCCCCCCCCUGCCCUCCGGGCCUGCACAGCGCCCCCACCCCUCAGCGUUGGACCCCUAUGGGCCCCCCACCACCCCAAUCCCGCUCACACAAAGCCAUGGUCAUGCCCAUCCCAUACAGGGAGACCCAGCAUCUCUCCAACAAGAGGUGAGACACUGGCGUGUGCCGGUGAGCUUUCCUGAGAACCACUACAGCCUGUCCCCAGCGGGGGGCGACAGAGUGCUGCCCUACAGGAACCCCUCAGCCAGCUUCUCCUCCCCCUCUGGCUUGGGGGGCAUGGUGGCCCUGGGGGGCCCCAUACUCAGCGGGCCCUUCGUACGCUACAAACCCUCACCUGACAGGUACGGUUCAGCCCAGCGUCCCCUGCUGGCCUACGAACCUCAUCUCAGUCUGGACAUCACCUCUAGUGGAGAGUCCUCCUCGGGCUUCACGAGCCAGGAAAGCACUAUGGAGCGCUGCAAGACAGAGCCCCUAUGGCAUGUCCCAGCUUCAUCCUCUCGGAGGCCAGGAAGAGGAGGGGGGCAGAGGAAACCCACCCGACAGGACAUCCCAGGGAAAGACUCCCCCAACAGACACUCAAAGGGUGAGACCCAGUACUCCAGCCACUCCAGCAGUAACACUCUCUCUAGUAACGCGUCCAGCAGCCACAGUGACGAGCGCUGGUUCGACGGGGCUGGGGGGGAGAGAGGAGGCCCGGGGGGGUCCCGGGGUUACCUAGGCGACCUGGCCGAACCUGACCCCGACCCCCUCAGUAAGGGCGGGUCCAGCGACAGCGGCAUCGACGCCCCCACCCUCUACAACACCAAGCCUGGCGCAUGCCACGGAAACCAGUCCAGCCAAUCACAGAAGCCCCUGCACUGUUCAGCAACCUAUAAUAGCGGCCUGCAGGAGCUCUCUGAGGCGAGGGGCAAUGUAGUCGAGGGGCGGAGACUGCAGUCAUCGCCUGUAUUACCUGCCAAUCAGAACAAAGGAUACCGCACACGCACUUUCCCUCCUGGAUCCAACGUGGAGAAGCCAGACUCAUUACAACCCAGGGCCUGCUACACACCCCAGGGUUACAAGACCCCUGCAGCAGAGAAAUCGCGACCGGUCCGAGCCGCCACAGUCACGCCCAACUCUGCUAUACUCAGCUCCACCCCUCUCUCCAGCUCCGCCCCCAAGGCCUUAUGCAGCAAGAACAGGCUGGGCCCCUGGCAACCAGACGACAAUGCCCCCUCCCCUUCAAACAUACCCACUACCUACUGCUCUGACAGCAACAGCAGCAAGAAGCAGGUGGACGUGAAUUCUAAGAACGUGUUCGGACAGCCCCGUCUCAGAGCGUCGCUAAGGGACCUGCGGUCUCCACGGAGAUCCCACAAGAGCACCGUCGAGGACGACCUGAAGAAACUCAUCAUCAUGGACAGCCCUGGCGAGAUACCACAAAGAGACAUGUCUCCUCGGCGCACUCUUCAGCGCACCUUCUCAGACGAGUCUCUGUGCAGCGGGCGCAGGGAUGCCAGCUAUGCCAACUCUGCCCCCCUGUUUGACCAGGGCACUCCCAGCGACCUGCUGUUCACCUGCACCCUGCCCACCCGACGCCACGCACACUCUGCCAGCCACAUGCCCAACAAGAAGGUGCCUAUGUCUGCAUCGGAGCUGUCUCUGAAAGAGGUGAGGGAUAAGGUUCCCCCCCUGAGGAGGCUGGACCCGGGGCUCAUACCCCUGCCUGACACUGCCUGUGGCCUGGAGUGGGCCAGCCUGGUCAAUGCUGCCAAGGCCUACGAGGUGCAAAGGGCAGUGUCUCUAUUCUCACUCACCGAGCCUCAAGGUGGGGUUCCAGACAUGCGGCCGAUCAUCAGUCCAGUCCAGUUCCAAACACCUCAGACUCCACGCACUACCCCCACCUUCAGCGGGGAUGAGGUACCCAACGACCUCUCGGGGCGACUGUACAGCCUAGAGGUGAUGCUAAAGCGGCUCAACACUGACCUGGAGAAGGAGAAGGAGGACAAAGUGCACCUGUUGGCUGAGAUGGCUAACCUGCGGCAGAAUAACCAGCGGCUCCAGGAAGAGAGCCACUCGGCCAGCGAGCAGCUCCGCAAGUUCAGCCUGCUCUUCACCGACCCCCCGCAGAGGAAGUGAGCUCACACGAACACAGGAAGUGACCUCGGAGAGAGCGUGCAAGAGCAUCCGCAGAGAGAACUUGUGACCUAAGCCAGAGAACGAUGGAGAGAAGGGAAGAGGUUAGGGUAAAGGUGAUUUUAGUGGAAAGACAGUCACAGUGAGUUUCAUGCUGUUGGGAUUGAGUAGGGAAUGGAUUUGUUAGUGGGUCUGGUUAGGCACUGUGGAAUACAUGGGCAAUAGAAAAUAGAAGUUAGUGUGUGAAAUGAUGUACAAGAAAAUAAGAGGGAAAGAACGCCCCCCCCCACACACAUUCUCACGUUCUAUCCCUCGCCUGCUGCUUCUGUCACAUUCCAACCACACCAUCUCCCUCCUGCCUCUCCUAGAGUGGUAGGAUGGUAGGGGAGAAGAGAAGCACUACCUCUCCACCACUGACCUGCUCUGGGGAGAGAGACCUGUCGUUAUGCCGCCACCCUCUCUGUGGUGCACCACCCACAACCAGAAACCCUGCCUCGCUCUGGGCUGGACGGACACAGGGACUGCAGAGAAUCAAUGGAUCCCCGUUGGCUCUUCUGAAACCGAAUUGCCUAGACAGAAGAGCCUGCAAGAAGGCAAGCCUAUUCUUUUUAAUUUUUUUUACUCUAAAAGAGUCCCAACACAGCACAAGCUGACUCUCUCUCAGCCUGUGUACCCAGAGUGAUUCCCUCUGUUCCUGCUUGUAGGUUUUUAUUUUUGUAACUGAAGUCUUAUACACUCCUGUGUCAGAGAAAAGCCAAUAAAGAGGAGAGAUGUUAUGAACUGUAGAACACUAGAUCACCCAGAGAGGCCUAAUACUGUUCCUGAAGCGAAUCAGCCAAAAACAAACACGAGCUCUGGCUCAAAAACAAAACAAAAAGACUCCAAACUCCCAGAAUGCUCUGGGAGACGUGUGUUUUAUAAAAGACGUGGUACUGUAGUUUUGCCCGUGUGGUUCAACAUAUAGCUUGAACACAUGCAUAUUGUACUGAUAAGCUUUGUUGAGUGUGUGAUAGGCUGGCACAGGGCAUUUCGGUCAUGAGCAAGCUGUAUUAUGACAGCUACGCUAGUAAGAUGAGACAUCUUGUUCAUUCAGAGAUAGAAUAUAGUGUCAUAAACUCAAUGAUAGUAUCUCAAUCUAAUUUUUUUGGGCUAACGGUCAAUGUUAAAGGUAUUUACAAAUAUCUAAGCAGUUUUUUUUUUUUCUUACAUAUGUAGAAUUAUCAUAUUUAGUGGUUUCUGUUGUGUGUACUAGCAGUUGGUACACAAAUUUGUGUGCAUUUAGAGAAGACAGAAAUUAUCUCUUAAACACUGUAGCACCUGUGUCAUGGUACAAUAGCUGUGUGUGUGUGUGUGCGCUAGAAUGAAGGGAUAUUAUACACACAUUUUGCUAACAGUCCUAGUGUCUGCAGAAUCAAGCUCAACAAUUUAUACACAACUGUGAGACCUAGCUAAAUAACUUAAGUAACUUAUCUUAUCUUGUGGUGAUGGGUCUGUGAAACGUGUGGCCAUUUCAAAACAAACAAAAUGUCCAUCCGACAAGAAUACACUAAACUAAAUCAACACGUA